AUGGCUUCGGCAACAAUCGACACGUUUUGCUGCAUGUCCUCUCGCAUAGAGCCCAACAUCAUAACUCAUUUCCAGGAGCAUGCCUCGCCGUACAACAUAGUGUGCCUCUUCUCAUCGGUCCUGGGCAUGCUGGGCGCCCUCUACCAGGUUCUGCCCUCCGCCCCUCCCGCCAUCCCCACUCGACGCCGCAAUAUCGGCUACACUCAGAAGAUUAUCAUCAACUGGUUGGCGAUGGCCGAUUUCUUCGCUGCAGCUGGUAUCCUGUUGCGUUCGAUAUUCUGGUUAUGGAAAGGCGACAUCAUUCAACAAGAAGGUUUGGACCUAGUCAUUUGUGCCGUUUUUGCAACAUGGAUUCGAUUUUUCUAUACUGCAACAUACAUGUGGACAUUUUUCUAUGCCAUCGAUGUCUACCUAGUGUGCAAACAGAAAGUAGGGAACCGAAAAUGUUACCAUAUUUUUACCUGGUUGAUGGCAUUUAUUUUGACUGGUACUGGACUAGGGACAUUGUACUUACCCCACUUUAAGUGUCAUAGUGAACCGCUGAGGGUUUUGCCAAAUUACCUCCUUUCUUAUGUUCCUAUAGUGGUUAUUAUGAUAUUGAACCCAGUUUUGUACGUUUUAUCAUCAAAAAAUGUUCGCAUUUUGCUGACAGGUGGAUUGGGUCAGCUGACUUAUAUAGAGCACAAUCUUCUGGCUGCUCUCAAGGAGAAAUUCUUCUGUAUAGUCCUCGUUUUUUACGUUUGUUGGGUGCCAAAUGUUAUCAAUGGUAUUAUCCUGUGGGGCUUCUGGGAUGUCAUUCCGCAGAGGUUCCUAUUGGGUGUAUGGUAUUUCAUGGCCAUGGUAAAUCCUCUUCAAGCUGUGUUGAACUCUUUAGUGUACAAAGGUUGGGACGACUGUGGUUCCUCGUGGAGGAACAUAAAAGCCCUCUGCUGUUGCCGAGAGCAGCCCCACUCCGGACUCCUGGUCGAUGCCUCCUCUUCCGAUCACAACAUCUACACUCCCGAGCGUCCCACCUUCUCCACGAACAAUCUGGUGGAUUAG